CUCCGGCUCCGACCCCGGCCCCCCUCCUCCGCCGGGGCGAUGGCGGCCGAGGCUGAGGCCGAGGCCGUGGCGGCGCGGCUGGCCCGGCAGGAGCGCGAGGUCCGCGGGCUGGCGGCCGAGGUGGCGCGCCUGAAGGAGGCCGCCGCCGCGUCCCCCGACCGGGCGGGCCCGGAGCUGCGGGCGCUGCGGGAGGAGAACGAGAAGCUGCGCUACCGCCUGCGCCACCUCCGCCGCAGCCUCGCCGCCGAGCAGGCCCGGGCCCCGCCGCCGCCCGCUGCCCACCAGGACCUUCCGGGGAAGCAGGAGAAGACGGCGAAGACCGAACCCCGCGCCGCAGAUGGGGCCCAGCAGGAGUUUCCACAGGAGCUGACCUUCAUCCGGAGCAGGCUGGAGCUGUACGAGGGGCUGAAGAAAGACAGCGAUGCACUUCUCCGCUCCAGGGCGUCCAGCCAGAGUCGGACAAUCGGGAUCACGCUUUCCGACGGGAAGGUGGUGGAAGGACAGGCCUGGAAAACAACGCCACACCAGAUCGCAGUAGAGCUCAGCCGAGGAGUCGCUGACGGCGCCAUCAUUGCCAGAGUGAACGGGGAAUUGUGGGACCUCGACCGGCCGAUGGAAGGAGAUUCCACCUUGGAGCUGCUGACGUUUGAGAACGAAGACGCCCAGGCGGUUUAUUGGCAUUCUAGUGCCCACAUUCUUGGUGAAGCCAUGGAAAAUUACUACAGGGGAUGCUUAUGUUAUGGACCUCCCAUUGAGAAUGGCUUCUAUUACGACAUGUACAUGGAUAACAGAGGGGUAUCAAGUACAGAAUUCCUUGCUCUGGAGAACAUUUGCAAAGACAUCAUAAAGGAGAAGCAGCCCUUCGAAAGGCUCGAAGUCAGGAAAGAAGAUCUGCUGGAAAUGUUUAGGUAUAACAAGUUUAAAUGCCGGAUCCUGAACGAGAAAAUCCACACGCCGACAACAACUGUCUACAGGUGUGGCUCCUUGAUUGACUUAUGCAAAGGCCCUCAUGUGAGACACACUGGGAAAAUAAAGGCCUUAAAAAUCAUUAAGAAUUCGUCCACCUAUUGGGAGGGCAAGGCCGACAUGGAAACCUUGCAACGAAUCUAUGGGAUCUCUUUCCCAGAGGCCAAAAUGCUGAAAGAGUGGGAGAAGUUCCAGGAGGAAGCCAGAAACCGGGAUCACAGGAAGAUCGGCAAGGAACAAGAACUCUUCUUUUUCCACGACCUGAGCCCUGGAAGUUGUUUCUUUCUUCCCCGGGGAGCUUUUGUUUACAACGCACUCAUGGAUUUCAUCAAAGAAGAGUACCAGCGGCGGAACUUCACGGAAGUCGUCUCGCCCAAUAUCUACAACAGUAAACUUUGGGGAGUGUCAGGACACUGGCAGCACUACAGCGAAAACAUGUUCUCUUUUGAGGCGGAAAAAGAGGUCUUUGCCCUGAAGCCCAUGAACUGCCCUGGACAUUGCCUGAUGUUUGCUCAUCGUCCUCGAUCUUGGAGGGAGAUGCCCUUAAGACUUGCUGAUUUUGGCGUGCUUCACCGUAACGAAUUUUCGGGCACCCUGAGCGGCCUGACCCGGGUUCGGCGCUUCCAGCAAGAUGAUGCCCACCUCUUCUGCACAGUGGAGCAGAUCGAAGAGGAGAUGAAAGGCUGCCUCCACUUCCUGCAGUCCGUGUAUGCUGUUUUUGGCUUUACCUUCCAGCUCCAUCUUUCCACAAGACCCAGCCACUUCCUAGGGGAGAAGGAGCUCUGGGAUCAGGCCGAGAAGCAACUUCAAAACAGCCUGGACGACUUUGGAGAACCCUGGAAGCUCAGUCCGGGAGAUGGAGCGUUUUACGGCCCCAAGAUUGAUAUUACAAUCAGAGAUGCUAUCGGCCGAUACCACCAGUGUGCUACAAUCCAGCUUGACUUCCAGCUACCCAUCCGAUUUAAUCUUACUUAUGUGGGGAAAGACGGCAAUGACAAGAAAAGGCCCGUGAUCAUCCACAGAGCAAUUCUGGGCUCGGUGGAGCGAAUGAUUGCCAUUCUGGCAGAAAACUACAGUGGAAAAUGGCCUCUUUGGCUCUCCCCUCGGCAAGUCAUGGUGGUUCCCGUCGGCCCGACCUGUGAAGAAUAUGCCCGGCAGGUCUGCAGCGACACUUCUGAAGCUGGGUUGAUGGCUGACGUUGAUCUGGAUCAGAGCUGCACAUUAAAUAGGAAGAUAAGGAACGCACAACUGGCUCAGUAUAAUUUCAUUUUUGUGGUCGGAGAGAAGGAAAAAGCAGGCCAUACUGUCAACGUGAGGACCAGGGAUAACAAAGUCCACGGAGAAGUCUUGGUUUCUUUUGCCAUUGAGAAACUAAAGAAGUUGAAAGCAUGCCGUACUUUACACGCAGAAGAAUUCUAG